AUGUGUGAAACUCGCUGGAUUGAACGUCACGAAAGUAUAACUCGUUUCAAAGAGUUGUAUUUGAGCAUUUACCAUGCUUUAAAACAAUUGGAGAGUAAUUAUAAUAUUGAAACAUCAAAUGCUGCAUUUCAAUUAUCUAGUGCCAUUAGCACUUCGAAUUUUGUAGUUUCUUUACACGAACGAGUUGAUGACGUACGUACAAUUUUAAUUGAAAAGAGGAGUAACUCAGAUGAGAGUUUUAAAAAUAUUUUUUCUGAUUGCGAAAAAGCCAUGCUUGAAGGUGAUAUUAAGUCUAUUAUAUUGCCGAGAACAGCAGGUCGGCAAACUUGUCGAGAUAACACGCCAGCCGAUUCACCAGAACAAUACUAUAAACGUACUAUUUUUUUGCCAUUAUUGGAUCAUUUUAUUCUUCAACUAGAAGACAGGUUUUCCAAACAUCAUCGUGUAAUGUCCACUUUACAAUCAUUAAUUCCUAAGUACAUAACUCAAAAUACUACAUAUUUAAACAAAUUUAAGGAAUGUGCACUGUUUUACAAACCAUUAUUACCUAAUUUUGAUACGUUUGAUACUGAGAUUAAAAUCUGGCAAACACAGUGGCAAAUUGUAUCUGAUGAUGAUCGCCCAAAAUGUUCAUUAACUACCUUAAGUCAAAUUAACAGUGAUUUCUAUCCGAAUAUAAAGUGCUUUUUAACAAUAUUAGCUACUUUGCCUGUAACGACUGUUACUGCAGAGAGUUCAUUUUCAACAUUGCGGAGACUGAAAACCUAUUUGAGAAAUAAUAUUGGACAAGACCGACUGACAGGAUUAGUGCUCACGAAUAUUUAUAGAAAUGAUAACAUUGAUAUUGACGAAGUCAUUAACAGAUUUGCAAGACUACCUCGAAAAUUAGAUUUUAUAUUAUAA